AAUAUGCAUCAUAAAAUUUUUAGUUACAAUUUCUACAGUCAUGUGUAGCCUAGUUGUCCGUGUAUAAGUUAAGUUUAAGGAUAAGAUAGGAUUCACAUAUUUAUCCUGGGAAGAACAUAAUUAUCCAACAUGGGAUGCGAACCCACGCAAGUCCUACCUGUAACUGCUUGAAAAUGCCACCAAGAAAAAGGCAGACAAAAGCGAAAGGUGGUAAAAAGGCUAACACUGCUAAUUCAAAGCAGACGACAAGCGCUCGGGGAAAGAAGAGAAAAGAUACAACUGCGUCUGUAGUCCCAGAUGUUCCAACAAAAAAAGAAAAGAUCGAAGUUAAAGAAGAGGCUUCAUCAAUUACAGAGGAGAAAGGGGAUUUAAAGAAGCUCAAGUUUACUGGAAGUGUUCCAGUUGAUGAAGCUUGUAUAAAAUGUUCCAAGGGAUAUCAUGUGUUCGAAAAAGAUGGAAUCAUCUACAAUGCCAUGUUGAACCAGACUAAUAUUGGAGCCAACAAUAAUAAGUAUUAUAUCCUGCAAGUAUUGGAAAAUGAUGAAAAAAAUGAAUAUAUAUCAUGGUUUAGAUGGGGCCGAGUAGGAAAGGUAGCUGGGAAAUCUUUGAAAAAUCAUGGGUCUAAUUUUGGAGCAGCAACAUGGUCUUUCAACUGCAAAUUUUCUGACAAGACGCGGAAUAGAUUCUGUACUAAAAACUUCGUUAAGCAACAAGGAUUCUAUGAUUUGGUUGAAAUGGAUUACGGAGAAAGUUCAGAAAAAGACAUAAAGAGAGUGGAAAAAAUUAAGGAAGAGCAUGUCAAAGCGAAGCCAGAAGCUGCUUCUAAAUUGGACAAACGUGUUCAAGAUGUCAUGCAACUAAUAUUUGAUAUUAAAGAAUUUGAGGCCUGUGUGAAGGAACUUGAAUUUGAUGUCAAGAAAGCUCCUCUUGGAAAGUUAACAGCAAAGCAAAUAAAGGCAGGAUAUGAAACCCUAAAAAAAAUCGAAGGAUUUGUUCUAAAGAAGAACUUUGGCGAAAAAUUGUCUGAAGCUUGCAGUGAAUUUUAUACGAGAAUUCCACAUGACUUUGGUAUGAAAGUUCCAACUCUAAUUAAGACAACAGAACAGAUUGAACAAAAAGUUCAACUAUUGGAAUCAUUGAGUGAUAUCCAGAUCGCAAUAGAUAUGAUCGAAGAAGACAAGGCAAAAGCCGUAGAUGACGUCAAUAUUAAAGAUCGGUAUUAUCAAGCUCUUGGAUGUAAACUCGAACCAUUUGAUAAAUCAGAUCCUCAGUAUAAACUGCUGGAAAAAUACAUCACUAACAGUCAUGGAUCCAGGCACAAUUAUUUGAAAAUAGAUGUUGAUGAUAUUUACAAGGUCGAGAGGGAGGGUGAAGAGAAAAGAUUCAAGAAAAAUAUUGGAAAUAGAAUGCUAUUGUGGCAUGGAUCUCGUUUGACAAACUGGUGUGGAAUAUUGAAACAAGGUUUAAGGAUUGCUCCUCCUGAGGCUCCUAUAUCUGGACAUUCAUUUGGCAAAGGGGUUUAUUUCGCAGACAUUGUCACAAAAUCUGCUCAUUUUUGUUGCACAAACGCAAGGCAGCCUAAUGCCUUUCUUCUCCUUUGUGAAGUCGCUCUGGGAGAUGUCCAUGAUGAAAUAGAAUGGCGAAAUCGUCUUAUAUUACCUAAAGGGAAGCUAAGCACCAAAGCUGUGGGUGAGGAAGGACCUGACCCGAAAGGUUUUCACACCAUGGAGUGUGGAACUGUUAUACCCAUGGGAAAAGCAAAAAAAUUCAAACGGGAUAAACACAGAUUUCUGGAACACAGUGAAUAUGUUGUUUUUGAUGUCGCUCAGAUUAAAGCAAGAUAUCUUGUCAAAGCCAAGAUCCACUGGCAAAAAUAAUAUGCUGGAUGUUGUAUAGUAGUUAGCAUGAAUGCAUUAUA